AUGAUUUAAGACAGAUACAAUCAUCUGAGCAGCCAAUUUGAUAAGUUAAAGUAGCAGAUGGAUGAAAAAGUCUGUUUAGAGGACUUUGUUAAAUAUACAUCAAAAAUAGCAUCAGAAUAUGCUACUUUAUAAAUGUUAGAUUUAAGCAUUUAAUCAAUUGAAACAAAGAUACUCUUUUAUCCUUCUAAUUCCUAAAUGAAAGAUAGCAUAGUUACAUCUAGAGUAAAAUAGUAACACAAAUAAACUUAAGUUUUUUAAUAUUAACAUACAAUUGAAUAGUAAUUUGAAGAGAGAUUAUCUCGGUUUAGAAAAUUAAUAACAUCUCAAGUUAGAUAGUUUUUUGAUCAAGUUCAAGCAUAAGAUAUUAGUAAACCAUUUAGAGAAUAAAUUUCAAAUAAUAUAAAUAGUAAUAUACAGUCUGCUAACAUUACAGAAAAUGAUAAAUUAAAUCAAAAUGCUUUACUUUUGAAAAAAUGUGAAUAAAUCAGAAUUUCAUUAUAAGAAUUUUUUGGAUAAAAUAAACAAAAAGAAUUAAUUUAAUAAUAAUCUUAACAAUUUAAUAACUCUAAUAAACCUGAAAGUAAAAUUUAGAAUAGACCUUUAUCCGUUGGAUGUAGAAAUACAAAAUUAAGAAGGUAAUCAGCAACUCCAAAAAUGAUUUCUUCAUCUUUUUCAGGUAGUUCAGCAGAGCCAUAAUUUUUUUUAAAUUUUUUAUAGAAUCCUCUGGUAUAAAAAUUGAAGAAAUGA